AUGUUCCGCCCGGAAAAGGCCGAGGACUGGGAAGAGUUCCGCGAUGUGAUCACGGUCCUCUACCAGAACAACACAUUAUCUGAAGUCAUUGUGCAGAUGAAGACACUGCAUUUCUUCAGCGCAACUCCCAAACAGUACAAGACCAAGUUCAAGGAGUGGGGCCUCACGACAAAGUACGUCAAAGGUACCGAGUAUGAGGAGCUGCUCGAGCAGGAAGAGCAGGACGAGUACAAUGUCCGCGGCAAACGCGUCUCGCACCAAGACGUCGCUCGGUUUAAGCGCCGUCGCGAGAAGAGCGAGAGCAAGGCAAAGGGCGGCAGCAGUGGCAAGUCCUCGUCCUCGUCCAAGGGUGGAAGCGCAAGUAGCGCGUCCGGCAUGGACACCGGCUACGAGUACGAAUACUACGACACCAGCGGCGAGGGUGGUGGUGGCGGCGCGUAUAUGAUCUCCUCUGGCGACUACAUGGCCUACACAACGAGCGGCGCCGCAGGUGGCGGCGGCGGCACAUACAUUACCGCCGACGGCACGCCCGUCACUACGGCCACGGACUACGGCGCGUAUGCGUACGAUACCAGUGGCGGUGCCGCACAAGGAUACGACCCAAACCUCGAGGGUGGCUAUCAACAGCAAGGUUAUGGUGAGUGA